CUUCUAAUCCGGAAAAAUGACUCAUUGAAGCCAUUUUCUUUUUCUUUUUCUUCUUCUUUAGAAAAAGAGGGUUCAAAAAGAAAUCAAAUGAAAAGAUUAGCACCUUAUUCACUUACAGACCAGGCGUCACCAUAGACAUAUUGUACCUCAGAUGGAAGCCCUUCAAGCCACGGUUCUAUACCUCAUUCUCUUGCCGACAUACAUAAUUACUGCUAAGGAUGACGCAUGGAAAUCUGCUACCGCAACAUACACGAAAGAAGCAGAUGGAGAUGGGUCCAUCAUUAUAGAAGGUGCUUGUGGCUAUGGUGAUCUUCACAAGGUUAGCUAUGGGAAGUACAGUGCAGGACUAAGUAAUAUGCUAUUCAACAGAGGCAGCACCUGUGGGGCUUGCUAUGAGGUCAGGUGUGUAGACCACAUCUUAUGGUGCUUGCAAGGGAGUCCACCUGUGAUUCUCACUGCCACUGAUUUCUGUCCUCCCAAUUAUGGGCUUUCUGCUGAAUACGGUGGCUGGUGCAACUUCCCCAAGGAACACUUUGAGAUCUCAGAAGCAGCAUUUGCUGAAAUUGCAGAGAGAAAAGCUGAUAUUGUGCCAAUUCAGUACCGAAGGGUGAAAUGUGAAAGAAGGGGUGGGCUUAAAUUCACAUUGAGCGGAAGUUCCCACUUCUGUCAAGUCCUGAUUACCAAUGUGGGAUUGGACGGUGAAGUGGUUGCUGUAAAAGUGAAGGGAUCAAAAACUGGGUGGUUACCUAUGGCAAGGAACUGGGGACAGAAUUGGCAAUCCAAUGUAAACCUUGUUGGACAGCCUCUAUCUUUUGAGGUGACCAGCAGUAGCGGAAGAACACUCGCAUCUUACAAUGUGGCUCCAGCAAAGUGGAAGUUUGGUCAAACAUUUGAGGGGAAACAGUUCUAGCUGGGAAAUUUUCUGCAAUUGACUACAGAAGUGAGCAGAUAAUAUCCUUCAUCAGCCUAACUUAUGCGGCUAGCACCUUGAACUAGGUUCUGAGUAUUUACAUCUGGUGUUCAAGAUCUAGAUAUAUCUUUAAAUUAGGUUUGCUCACGCAACAGAAGCUUAGAGCUGGGCUGUAAACUAUAAAGUAUACUUCAAUGGUCAUUAAAGGCAAGAAAGCUGUAGAAGAAGAAAAUAUAAACUACCGAAAUACAAGUUCCAUUAUGUCUUUGUAUGA